AUGAGGCUCAGGAUUCAAGGAAUCGAUGCACUUGAGGUGCUAGACAACACCAAGGAUCUUCUGCUGAAAUUUCUUCAGCAACCUGAUUCAUUGUCACACAAAGCAUAUGCUGAUCUAGGUGCCCCUCCCCAGUCCCAUUGUGUCAUAUUCAACUUGACAUUAUCUCAUGCUGGAAUUGUGAGCAGAUAUGCGGGGGAUGAGAGUUCAAGUAACAUGUCUGGAAGUGAGUCUGCAAAUGAACACAAACAUUUCUUCAAUCUGAAUCUCCAAAUUCAGAUUAUCAGCUCCUCCUUUGUUGUUAAAGGGCAUUCAUCUGCUGUUGACUUGGAUGUUUUAAGUUCAAAGGAACCAUCUGAUGCACCAUCCAAAGAAGUCCCUUUGCAUCACCCUAUAUCUGGAGUAGAUUCUCCAGCAAGCUCUAGGGAGGCUGAUCAGCCCAGUCCGGUUUCAAUUCUAGAAGCUCCUUUUGCAGAUGAUUUGUCAUGCGGUUCUGAAUACUUUGGGGGUGUCAGUGCCGAUCUCCAUGGGCUUCGGAUGCAACUUCAACUACUCAAGUUGGAGUCAGACGGAUAUGACGAGGGACCUAUGCUUGUUUCAAGCGAUGAAGAUGCAGAGGAAAGACUUGUUCAGAUUAUGGAUGAGAAGAGCAUAAUAAAAGCUGAAGAGAAUUGGGAGUCUUCUUAUGUAGCUGAUGUCUUACUCGAGUCCGGAUUAAACAAUGUCAACUCCAACACAUUCAUUGCAGCAUGUCACUCUCCAGAAUGCCCUGUGAGUCCAUCAGUAUUUGAAGAACUUGAAAAAAAGUACGGCAGUCUAACCUGUUGGACUAAGUCAGAAAGGAAGCUAAUGUUCGACUGCAUAAAUGCAAAACUCAUGGAAGUUCAUCAGCAAUGUACAGAUCCACGCUCAUGGAUGAAGCCUAAAUGGAAGAAAACUGAGCUCCAGGAAAGGCUGCACAAGUUGGUGUUGAACCAACAUAAGAAAGUUAACAAGGAUGCCGGGGAGAAUGUGCUGGCAAGAGAAUCGCAGUGGCUGAAUAUUGGUGAGGAUAUUGAUGUAAUCGGUAGGGAAAUUGAGAAGGUGUUGAUAGAUGAACUAGUAGGAGAGGUAGUAACCAUGUAAACAUAUGCCUGUUUUUGUUCUAGGAAGUUACAUAUACACAAAUGAAGUGAUGGAACUAUCAUUUCUUGGAAUAUGAAUAAAAUGGUUCGAUAUCUUUACACCAUAAA